AUGGUCAGCUACGUGUGGCUGAGCUUCUACUUCUACAUCCAGAUCGUCCCGGCGCUGUGUCCCCUUUCCCACUGGGUCAAACGAAACAUUAAGACUUCUAUUUAUGUGCUUUUAGCGUUGGACAUCUUGGUGGUAAUUUCAACUAAACUCAAUAUGUAUGUUCUCGAUAAGAUGGUAUGGUCUCUUCAUUUGGCUCACCCUAACUCCAGUACAUGGGACUAUCCCAUGCCGGAGGAGUUUUACCGUCUUCGUGCUCUGGCGUUGUACCCGGUCAUGUUGCAUUACGCAGCACUGCUCUGCGUGUCGAUGGUCAGUAGUUUGUCCACAGUGCGACACCUUCACAAACACAUGACAACGUUAGCAGCAAUGGGCGCUUCUGUUUCUGCAGCCAGACUCCGUGGACAGAUCAGAGUCACCGUCACUGGAGCAGUCCAAGCUGUCUUCUUCUCUGUCCUCGCCGUUUACUUUCUCUUUCAGUGUUUUACUUCAGAGACGCCCCAGUUCUACCUGAACAUCAGCAUCACCUUCACCGUCACGUCUCUGUUUGUAUCUGGCACCACUGUCACUCUCGGAAUCAACCAGAGUGUGUUCAGGCACAGGAUAGUGUCUGUGUUUGGAGCCAUCAGACUGGGACACUGA